CGACGGGAGGGCCGCCCGCGCGCGGCGGCGGGGCUGUCGCGACAGGGAGGGGCCGGCGGCUGUCGCGAUAGGAACGAGGUUCCCAGCUGCCAUCCCUGUGCACGGCCUGUUAGGGCUUCCACAAUAGGAGUGGAGUCCCCAAGGCCAGGACUGUCUCGAUGAGAGCGGGAUUGUCACGACAGUAGUGAGGCCCCUGGGGCCGGUCCUGGCAGAACUGUCGUGACAGGAGUGGGGUCUCUGAGGCCAGCCCCAUCAGGGCUGUCACAGUAGGAGUGGGGUGCGCAAGGCCAGCUCUGUCAGGGUUGUCGCGACAGGAGCAGGGUUCCCGCGCACCCAGGGGUGGCCCCGUCGCCCGCGUCGCCGUCCCCGUCCCCACAGGCCUCAAGUGCUGCCGGGGGGUCCCGGCCCCGCCGCGAUGGAGGCAGCCGCAGCCCCCGACCCCGCGGCGCUGGAGCGGGAGCUGCGGGCGGCGGUGGCGGCCGACGAGAGGCGGGAGCGGGAGAACGACGCCAAGCUGCGAGCCGUGCGCCAGCGCGUCCCCUCCUACGAGGAGUUCAGGAACAUUGUGCUGGCAUCACACCUGAAGCCUCUAGAGAAAAAGGACAAGAUGGGUAAGAGGAGGAAUGUGCUGUGGAAUCCCUGUGCAGCCCACACCAAGGCCCCACAAGCCAGUGAUGUGGAAAUACCCCAGGAGCUGGAUCAACUGCCCAGAACCUCUGCUGAAUUUUACAGAGAUUGGCGCAGAUGCUUAAAAAGCGGAAAAGAAAAAUACCAGUUUUUGCUUGAGCUUGGGGGGAAUGCCUUGGGCAGAAUUUUUCAGGCUGACUUGGGCUUUGGCCUCCUGGGUGAAUUCCUUACGGUGCUGGCAGAGAACGUCUGUCGUGAAGACAGAGAUGCCAUCCUUCAGAUCUUACAGAGUCUUUCAGGCACCAAGCGCUUCGGGUUAAAUGUGGAGCUUCUGAGCAAAUCGGAGAAGGAGAGCAGCAGGGAUUUGUUUAGGAAGCUGUGGAGCAUGAGUAGGGAUUAUUGGAUGUCUGGCGAUCCCAGCAGCCCAGCCAGCUGUGAAGCAGAGGGAGAAGCCCACCUCAUGGACACCAGCUUGCAAAAGGAAGCCAAGGAGGAAAGGAUAGUGAUGGAGCUGAUGAAAUGUUACCAGGUCAACUGAAGGAGCAGAAGCGCCAGGGUCGUGCAGAAACAAAAUGCAAAAGAGGCUCAAAGCUUGACUUUGGCAUCAUUAUGUGAAAUGAAUAAAUCGGAUACUUCUGGAGCAUUGUUGUACAUUUUUCUGUACCUGGGAGCCACCCAGAGCAAUAAAGGUUUGUUACCAAGA